UAUCGAGAACCACACACAACCACAACCUCCACGCAAUCAAUGUCGCUCGGCAUCCGCUUCUCCCGGACCUCCAUCCCCGACCUGAUCCUGCCGCUGCCGGCGCCCUCGACGGCGCUGCCGGUCGCCUCCGUCAAGCGCCGCAUACGCACCGACCGCGCGGCCGACACCUCGCGGCGGCGACUGAGGCUCAUCUACGGCGGGCGCGCGCUGCCGGACUCUGACGAUCUCGCAAAGACGAUCAAGCCGAUUGCGGAGUUGCAGAGCGGACGGAGUAGUGCUGAGUAUGCUGCUGGCGCGGCGAGUGGCGCGGGUGCGCAGACAGACGACGCGGACGACGAGCGGUUAAGGACUAUCUGGCUUCUAUGUUCAGUUGGCGACGUAUUGACAGACGAGGAACUCGCUCAAGAGAACGACACCGGCAGCCAACCACUACCAUCCACCCUCCCCGCCCCCGUCGGCUUCGACCGUCUCCGAUCCGCCGGUUUCUCAGACGAAGACAUCGCCCAGCUGCGCGCACAAUUCAACCGUCUGCACGGCGGCUCGCUCAACACCGACCCCGAAGCCGCGCGGCAGCUCGAAGACCGCUGGAUCGACGAAGGCGCGUCCGCGCCAGACACGUUGCCGGAUGGCUCGCCGAUUGGGGUGUAUGAAGAUCUCUUGCUCGGCACCGUCGUUGGUUUCUUCCUUGGUUUUGUCGCGCUGUUUUUCUUGCGCGAAGGGAGUAUUUUCUCGAAAAGACAGCAGAUGGCAAUCAUCGCGGGUAUAAUCAUAAACGUCUCUUUUGCAAUCUUGAAAGUGUACUAUUAAUCCAUCCACAUUUCAUAUUCUUGGGGUUUACGGAGUCUUGUUUUUUUUUUUUGCAUCUGGAACUGUAUUUGGCAUUGAAUGUCUUGUUUUUGUGGUUCUUCAUUUUGUGCAUAUGGUUUUGUUCGCAGUCAUGAAUUAGUAUGAGUUCAAUACAUAGCGAUACUCUGAUGACAGCAGGUCUUU